CUUCUUCUCCAAAACUUGACUGGAAGCAUAUUUCUACCUUCCUCCUGUGUGUGGAUCAGCACAUCCGCAAGUCUUGUGAGCCUUUGCACCCCGUGCAAGGCUUGACAGUCGCUGCAAUCCUUCUUCCGUACGCGCACUGUUGCCAUAGUCAUGUCGGCGCUUCCAAUGGACACCAUUGCCUUAUUCAUUGCAAUUUGCUUGGCAUUUCCAAAUCCCAUUCCAGCAUCCGAUGGCGUUAAUCACACAAAUCAAUCGAUUCCCGGCUACUGCUCUCCGCUACUUGUCCAGAACGGCAGCAUUGAGAACGGCACAGGGGCAUACUUGGGGACGAUGGCACUGCUCGCAUGCGAUGUAGGCUUCGUUCCAGCCGAUGGGGUCACAAACUUCACAUGCAAUGCUUCAAAUGAGAUGCACGGUAACUGGAGCGGAUUGCCAGCCUGCCAACAUGUUAUGGUACAUACUCCCAACCUGACCAGCAUCUCCAUGCAGUAUGUCAUCCAAUAUUUUGAUGUAAAGGUGGAGUACUACGACCAGGUGGCAGACGAGUGGGUUGAAACGCAAACCUUCACGUCCGACUUCAGACACAUUCCAUACCGCAUUCUGAUGCCCGUCGGACACCAGGGCACGUAUUUCCGAUCGCGGAUCAGUAUGCACACCCCGUGGCGCUACACAAUAUCACUCGCCUACACCGGCACCCCACCAACAGGCUACUCUGUGUUCACCUGGCCGAUGUUCCCGUUUGUCGGCAUCACUAUAACCGCAAACGACCCUCUUCUAGCAACGGUCAACGUGUCUUUGCCGACGGUUAACCCAGCGGCAAAUCUGAGAGUGCAGAUCGGUCAAGCUCACGGCGGCAGCAAUCUAUCGUCGAUCGUCACGUCCGCCAGCACCGUAGCACUAAGAAAUGUCACAGCAGGGGACUUCUACUUCCGUGUCGCAUCGACAAGCAAUUCCUCGGCUGCUUACUCUCAGAAAGUGUUCUUCCAUAUCUCACCCCACUCAAUGAUUGCAUCUGCACCUGCACCUGCACCUAUUCCACAAGCGAUUCCCGGCUACUGCUCUCAGCUACUGGUCCAGAACGGCAGCAUUGCGAACGGCACAGGGGCAUACUUGGGGACGAUGGCACUGCUCGCAUGCGAUGUAGGCUUCGUUCCAGCCGAUGGGGUCACAAACUUCACAUGCGAUGCUCUAAAUGAGGUGAACGGUAACUGGAGCGGAUUCCCAGCCUGCCAAUAUGUUAUGGUGCAUACUCCGAACCUGACCAGUAUCUCAAUGCAGUACAGGAUACAGAAAUUGUUAGCAGCGGUGGAGUAUUACGACCAGGUAGAUGACGAGUGGCUCGUUACGUACAAUUUCACGUCCAACCUGACACACCUCACACACAGUCCAAUCCAAAUUGUGAUGGAUGUCGGUCACCCUGGCACAUAUUUCCGAUCACGCAUCGACAUGGUCACGUGGGAUAUUUACACGAUUUCCCUAGCCUACACCGGGACCCCACCACCAGGCUAUCCUGUCUACACCUUGCCAAGUUUCCCGUUUGUCAGCAUAACUGUAACCGGAUACGACCCACAAAAUGCAACGGUGGCCUUCUCUUUACCGUCGCUUAACCCCACGUCAAAUAUAAGGGUGCAAAUUGGCCCAACUACUUCCACGGGGCGCCUCCCCGUAACCAAGGAGAUCAUCACGUCCGCCAGAACGUUGACACUUCCAAAUGUCAGAUCAACCCGCUUUUACUAUAGGGUGCGCAGUAUGACAUCGAAUAGCAGAUACCCCUCUGCAUAUACCCAGCCAGUGGUUUUCCGUGUAACAUCUUUCACCUGCAACGUAACAGAUAUCCUACACGGACGUAGAGAAAAAUCUCGUGUGUUCUAUUCUCAAUAUGCUCGUUAUUCAUGCGAAAAUGGAUACAGUAUUGCAGGAGGCGCAAUGCCAGUCUGCGAAUAUCGCGGAUUUGACGAGACUCAGCUUAAACCCCUUCCUAGAUGUCUGCCGAUUCCCGGCUACUGCUCUCAGCUACUGGUCCAGAACGGCAGAAUUGCGAACAGCACAGGGGCAUACUUGGGGACGAUGGCACUGCUUGCAUGCGAUGUAGGCUUCGUUCCAGCCGAUGGGGUCACAAACUUCACAUGCAAUGCUUUAAAUGAGGUGCACGGUAACUGGAGCGGAUUGCCAGCCUGCCAACAGAACAGCUGUAGUCCGAUGUGCACGGGGGGACUGAUGUGUGUGAACGGAACCACAUGCCAAUAUGUUAUGGUACAUACUCCCAACCUGACCAGCAUCUCCAUGCAGUAUGUCAUCCAAUAUUUUGAUGUAAAGGUGGAGUACUACGACCAGGUGGCAGACGAGUGGGUUGAAACGCAAACCUUCACGUCCGACUUCAGACACAUUCCAUACCGCAUUCUGAUGCCCGUCGGACACCAGGGCACGUAUUUCCGAUCGCGGAUCAGUAUGCACACCCCGUGGCGCUACACAAUAUCACUCGCCUACACCGGCACCCCACCAACAGGCUACUCUGUGUUCACCUGGCCGAUGUUCCCGUUUGUCGGCAUCACUAUAACCGCAAACGACCCUCUUCUAGCAACGGUCAACGUGUCUUUGCCGACGGUUAACCCAGCGGCAAAUCUGAGAGUGCAGAUCGGUCAAGCUCACGGCGGCAGCAAUCUAUCGUCGAUCGUCACGUCCGCCAGCACCGUAGCACUAAGAAAUGUCACAGCAGGGGACUUCUACUUCCGUGUCGCAUCGACAAGCAAUUCCUCGGCUGCUUACUCUCAGAAAGUGUUCUUCCAUAUCUCACUAUAUUCAGUAAUAAACGCUCUCUUCUUUCUUCGCUCAAUGAAGAACUAUUACAUUGGUAGCAAGACGAUGGAUCUCCAUCCCCUGUGGUCGUUCGUGGGCCUAGUUCUGGCCUCGGCUAUCAGCUCUAUCGUCGUCAGCAUCUGGAUCGUCAACCGUCUCCGGAAGGAAGCUCUACCCUCUACUCAGUCGUCACCCCAGUGUGUUCCUGAGUCUCGUGCUUCAGCUUCCCAGCCUGCACCGCGUGAUCGCCCACACUUCAAGGAGCCGCCCGUGUUCACCGGAGAUCCCACCACGUUUCGGGAAUGGGCAUUUGCCUUCGAGUUGGCCUUGGCUUCGUGGCGCUUCGCGGAUCCUAAACGUGAAGCUGAGUUUGCAGCCAGUUAUAUCGCUGGAAAUCCGCGUCUGUGGUUGAUGACUUCCCUGGAAGCCGGCGCUGCAUACCCAGACUGGUCGUCCUUGAAGAAGGCAUUAGAGGCGGCUUACGGUGUGAAGUACGACCAAGAGAGAGCUCGGUGGAGUUUGUUCUCCCUCCCCCAGCGCGGCGCCUUAGGAGACUACAUCGCAGAAUUCUCGCGGCUCAGUUUUUUAAUCACUGACCUGGAUGGCCACUCUCGCGCAGUACUAUUUGUCAGGGGCCUGGCCCCGGAGCUCAGGCGUGAAGUCAUGAAGGAGCAUCCUACAACCCUGCAGAAGGCGACAGAAGCAGCGCUCGCCGUAUCGCAAGUGAUGCCCUUCAUUACGGUACGACAGCAGCAGGGGAUCCUGGUACGUCGUCCACUGUCGGUUCCUGGUCCCCGUGCCAAUCGCGAGGAAACGGAACGACGAUGCUACAUAUGCCACCGACCUGGUCAUCUGGCACGUCAAUGCGACCCGAACCCAAACGCUGGACGCCAGUAA